CACAAAACACAGAGGGAAAUGACUACCUCCAAGGAAACCUCCGUCCAGGAGCUUCCUACCGACGCGGAGCCUUCAAAAAGCGAAACGUCCACCUCCCUCAAGACUUCCGCUCAAGAUCUUCUUACCAACAUGGAGUCGUCAAACUUGCGCGACGAAGACUCUGGCAACAUCCCCUCCACCGAUGUACAGGAAGUUUGCGCUUCUGACGAUCCCCUCUUCGAAUACUUCCCAGAUCUUCCCCUCGAACUCCGCCAGAAGAUCUGGAAGCACGCAAUUCCCCUCUUUCCACGUAUCGUCAUGUUCGACCUCUCCGACAGCAAUCGCAACCGAGCCAUGAUAUACACUCCAUCCACUCAAGACAAAUGGGUCGUCUCAGUCAGCUCUCCCGCGACACUACUUAAUGUAUGCCACGAAGCCAGAGAGGAGAUUUUGCAGUACUACGACACUCCUCUGGUUGAUCAUGGAACCACGCUACGUCCUAGUUGUAUCCUAAUCAACCUCGAAAUCGACCUGCUGUUCUUUACUUCGCUUGAUACCUUUGUCAAGGCUAACUACAGAGAGGGACUCUACGAUUGCAUUCAGCAAAUCUUCGGUCCUACAUACGGAAACAAGAUCAGAGAAGAAUUGCGCCACCUUGCGAUCGAUCACAAAUUGGCACUGAAAAUCUGUGACCCAAUUUCGCUCAACCCUCCUUCCCACGCAGGUUUCAACUUGGAGUAUAUGGAGAUUGUGUUUGAUUUGAGCUACAGGAAGAUGCCCCGUCGGAAGGUGUAUCGUGGGGACGGAUUGUGGAGAAACCCGCUAUGGAACGAUUUCGAUGAGGAUCGACAAGCUCAACUUAUGAAGUGGGGCGCUGUGGAUUUUACAGAGGGGCGGGGUGCGGUAUUGGUCAAGGAUGAUACGGACUCGGAAGUUUCUUCAUCAAUCUCUCCCUCCGGAAACCUGAUUCUCCGUGCAUCCAAGCCAGUAUACGUACUUUGAGAUGAUGGGAGAUUGACGAAGCUGGA